AAAAAUGGCCAAAGUGAGCAGUGGUGUGUGAUGACUUGGAGAAGUGCCAGUGCAACACAGCUCACAAGCAUAACACAAAUAGAAAAGAUAAAGCUAAGAAGAAGCCAUCAUUCAAAGGCGUAAAUCAAGGGAUCAUAAACAUGAACAUGAACCAAUGAGUAGUUAAGUCUGCCCAAUCACACACACAUAUAUAUAAAAUUGAAACAUUUCAUCAAUCCAAAUCCAAAUCAUAACAACCCCGUUUCCCUCUCUGUGUGUAUGUCUAACCAAUCCCACAAGCAUCCAAGUUGGAAAUUUUCCAUCCUACUCAUUCAAUCAUCACAGAAUAAUUCAAUUCAACAAGCUAAGCCAACUAACAUCUUUUUCUAUAUAUAUAUAACUCCAUAUAUAUUCCCUUUCUUCCUCUUCCUCCAUCUAUGGUUACAACUAUUACAAACUCAAGAAAUUAAAGAAGAGAAAAAAGAUGAUGAUCCCUGCUUGUUUCAGCCAAUCCACCACCACUUCUAAUCAAACGCCGCCACAAAAUGUAGUAACAUGCAUAUACCAAACUCAACUCUUCAACUCGUCAUCUUCAUCAACAUACCUCACUCUCAGUUGGUCCAAAACCCCUUUCUCUCACUCCUUAACAAUCUACGCUGCAGAUAUAUUCACCACCACCAUCUCCCUAAACCCUUCAACCUUCUCCUUAUUCCGAUCACCGCACGGCUCCAAAUCCAUCUACUACCAUCAAAACCAGCGCCGCCACAAGAUCAAGCUCCAAUGGAACUUCUCCCGGACGAAAUUCACUCAGAAAUCAGCAGAGCCAGAGUCGUGCUUCUACUUGGCGAUCUCAUGCAAUGGGAAAAUCAAAUUCUUCAUGGGUGACAUUAAUUAUAACAUUCUCCACAACACACAAGAGAAAAGCGUUGAUCCGAUCUUGCUUUCGAGGAGAGAGCACGUGUUUGGGAGCAAGAGUUACGUGUCAAGGGCGGUGUUCAUGGGUUGCAAGCAUGACAUUGAGAUUGAAUGCAGUGGAGGCUCGCUCAGAGUCAAAGUUGACAGUCAACUUCGCUUGGUGGUCAAGAGACUUGCAUGGAAGUUCAGAGGGAAUGACAAAUUCUUCGUAGACGGCGUAGAAGUUGAGUUCUACUGGGACGUCCUGAGUUGGGUGGCCAACGCCGAUAACAAUGAAAAUGACGGAAGCAACAAAAAUAGUAACAGCAGCAACGGUGGUAGGCACGGCGUUUUUGUGUUCCAGGUGGGUGGCGAUGGCACCGUGUGGCCGGAAAUGGUGGGUGCGGAGAAGAAGUUGAUGAAGAAAGGAUUGUUGCCGGGCUCCGCUGUGUUGCAGUGGGCGGAGGAGACCAGUGACGGUGGCAGAACCUCCUCUGCUUCGUCGGCAAGGUCUUCUGCCAGUAAUGGCGGCGCUUUCUCCUUGUUGCUUUACGCUUGGCCCAAAAACUAAUUUCAUUCUUUUUUUUUUCUUUUUGAGUGGUUCUAUAAUUAAGCAUUACUAACUCAAACUAAAUUAUCAAAAUAGUUCUGAAACCCAUAUCAUGCAUCAAUUUAAUUUUUGAGAUUUCAAUUGUAUUAUUAUCAUUUUUAAAAUUAAUCUUUAAAUAUCAAACGAAUUAUAACUCAAAUUAUAUAGUUUUUUUUUUUUAUUUUUCUGUAUUCAUCUAAGAAGUCAUGGAUCCGAAAUAAAGCGACUAACGAAAUGGACUAAUUAGAAACGUCAGUGUCUCCUUCAACAUGAUUGUUUUUACUUCAUGGUGAUGCUGGUCUCUUGUGAGCAUUUUACUGUUUGAUAUUUUGAUAUAUUCUUUAAUUUUUAGUUUAGGUGCUUCAACUUUGGAUUCUUCUUAGUUGGACUGUUAAUAUAUUUUUUUUAUGUAUGUAUUACAAUAUACACUACGCAUCUCUUCUACCUGUACAAAAUUAUAUUAUAUUGAAUUGUUUAUCUUCCAUAUUAAGAAAUAGAUGCCUUUCAUGUUCAAAUAUUAAGGUUAUUGCGUUGGAUACAAGGGUUGUAUUUUCUAA